CGAACAGGAACUAGAAAGAAGGAAAGAUCUUCUGCAGGAGUUUAAUAGAUAAAUGCAAAGAACUUUUGUCCAGCUGGUUUUAUUAUUGUGUGACCUUGCAGCUGCAUGCAUUAUUAAAGAUAUUAAAACACAAUGAAAGGUUUGUACUGCAGAGCUGCUGGAGAGAGCCAUGCUGAGCCCAAGUUCAUCAUCCAGGAAACGAGUCUCCCAGAGGUUUUAGACAGCCACCUGGUCAGAGUUCAGGUGAAGGCAUGUGGACUCAGCCCGCUGGACCUCAAGCUGCUGGAUGACGUCGGGAUCCGGAGAGAUUUGAUUCCUGUUGGCAGAGAGGUGGCCGGGGUCGUGCAGCAAGUGGGAGCCAAGGUCUCUUUCUUCCAGCCGGAGGACGAGGUUGUAGGUAUUCUUCCUCUGGACUCUUCCUGUUCUGGACUCUGCGAUGUCAUUGACGUAGAUGAACACUAUUUAGUACAGAAGCCAGAGAAGCUGAGCUCGGUGUGCGUUGCCGGAGCUCUGCGUGACGGCCUCUGUGCUUACACUGCUCUACACACACACGCUCGCAUGGCAGCCGGACACACACUCCUGGUCAUGGACGGAGCAAGCUCUUUCGGCCUUAUGUGCGUCCAGUUGGCUUGUUACCACGGAGUGAAGGUCUUCACCACGUCACACUCGCCGCAACAACACACAUUCCUGGAGCAGCUUCGGCCCAGCGUAGCCAAAGUUAUUCCGGCGUUUAACGGCCCAUCAGACCUGCUGCCGGUAGUCCUGGAGGAGACGGGAGGACUGGGAGUGGAUAUCGUCAUAGACUCUGGAGUGCGUCUGCAAGAGGUAGAGUCAGAAGAGGCGAAGCUCCUCCCUCACAAACAUGACAUCAUCAGUGUGCUGGGAGUCGGGGGGCACUGGGUCACGUCCCACAAAGACCUGCAGUUGGAUCCUCCAGAUUGCAGAUUGCUGUAUUUAAAAUCAGCCUCGAUGUCUUUCCUCAACCAUGAAGUGUGGACGGCUUCAUCAGCGCAGCAAGGGAGAUACCUGCAUAUUCUCAAGGACAUUGUGGAGAAGAUGUCUUCUGGAGUUCUCAGACCUCAGCCCGAGGAGGCGGUCCCUCUCUAUGAAGCCACGGUUGUCAUGGAGACUGUCCAGCGUCACCAGAAGAAAAAGGCUGUUGUUCAACUCUGACCGCAAAAGCUCGACUGAGAUGUAAAACAACGUACAAUUCACAGGAAUCAUUUUCCUUCUGCAGUUCAACUGUUCAACAAGACGCUGUUUUUACUUGUGAUUUGUUUUUAGGGGCCUGAAACUCGUCACAUGAUGCAUCACGAGGAACAUAAGCAAACAUCAUGACCCAGUGUUAUUAACACCUGUGGUUUAAGAGUCUCAUGUUCACUUGACCCGCUUGACUUUAAGCUGCAGGAAGAAUCAGUUUUCUUCAGUUCAAACCAACCAGCCACAGACUUCUGAAUAUGUAUGAUUUCAUACGAGCAGACUGUAACCCACAUUAAAGCCUGUCAUUCAAAUCAACAGUGCUUCAUUUGUCUCAAUAAAUACACAUUUUAUCAAAAGAAAGAUGAUGGAAUUCUUUCUUUUAGAUGUAAAUACAGCAACGAUAUAAGUUAUGGAAAUGACAAUAUAAAACAAACUGCAAUUUAAUUGGCCGUCAUGAAAAUGACUGUGUACUGUUGCAGAUGUUGUCUUCUUGAUUUUGAAAUUACUUGAGUCUCAAACAAAACUGAGCUGUACUGAAACUUUAAAUCAAAAAAGAAAUAAAGAUAAAUCUGUCUUAUGAGUCCAGAAGGUUAAAAUAAUAUUCAUUUUAGUGCCCUGUUCCUUUGACCUUUCCUUGGCUCAGUUGAUGGUGUGACGACGGUCUUGCUUAGGGUUGACAAGCAGAACGGAAACAAGGAGACUGUCCAGAAUUUCCAAGGUUUGUACACCCUGAUUCCUUUCCUCGCCUCCUCUACUUGCGUCUUAGUCUUCCCUCAAGGAAGAUAUGAGCGGAGAAAGCUCUUUUAUAUGUCACCGGUGUAUCUUCACUUACAGCUCCUCCAGAAAAGCUUCUUGAUGCGUCUUAGUCCUUCAAGAUGGAGACCUGAGAUCGAUUUUCGGGUCGUAACGAGGAGGCACAAGAUUGAGAAAUGAGGAGGAGCUCAGUGCGGCCGAUAACUUUGCUUCUUG